AUGAAGGCGAAGGUGGAAGUUUUGAGAACUCCGUUAGAGGAUGGGCGAACAGCAUCGAUUCGAAACGAGGCGAGGGCCUGGACGGCGCGACCUGCGGCAUGUGAGGCACAACGGGUGCCUCUCUUUGGCGUGCGCGGUGAGGCACAAGGGGCGCCUCUCUUCGGCGUGCGCGGCGAGGCACAAGGGGCGCCUCUCUUCGGCGUGCGCGGCGAGGCACAAGGGGCGCCUCUCUUCGGCGUGCGCGGCGAGGCACAAGGGGCGCCUCUCUUCGGCGUGCGCGGCGAGGCACAAGGGGCGCCUCUCUUCGGCGUGCGCGGCGAGGCACAAGGGGCGCCUCUCUUCGGCGUGCGCGGCGAGGCACAAGGGGCGCCUCUCUUCGGCGUGCGCGGCGAGGCACAAGGGGCGCCUCUCUUCGGCGUGCGCGGCGAGGCACAAGGGGCGCCUCUCUUCGGCGUGCGCGGCGAGGCACAAGGGGCGCCUCUCUUCGGCGUGCGCGGCACAAGUUUGUAA